AUGGCAUCACUUGAGGCUUCACCAGAGUUCCGGGGGUCUCACCCCGCAGCAUCGACGCUGAAGCAGAUCGCUUCAGAUGCACCCAAGCUGAAAAACCUCACAACGAACUGCUCCAAUCUUUUGGUAUACACGAACUCGGCCGAGAAGUAUGAGGAAGUUCGAAGCUUCUUCAACGCGAACAUGACCCAACAGCCGUUCGCAAUCAUCAGGCCGAGGACCGAAGCUGAAGUCGUGGCCGUCAUCAAGGAGCUGAAAGCUCAAGACAUCCCAUUCGGCCUCAGGAGCGGUGGGCAUGACUUGACAUUCGGGCAGGCACAGAGCAAAGACGGCGUCAUCUUGGACCUGAGAAGUCUCGACAGCAUCCUCAUCGCCGAGGAUAAAAAGUCCGUCCGCGUUGGCGGCGGCAUCAUGGGCAUCAAACUCGCGCGCUUUCUGCAACAGCACAAGCUCGUUACCCCCCACGGCUGGUGUCCGACUGUCAGCAUCGCUGGCUGGGCUAUGGGGGGUGGUUACGGAUACACGAGCGCUUACCAUGGGCUAGGCGCUGACCAAAUCCUCGGUGCGCGUGUUGUUCUCGCGAACGGCGACAUCGUCGACACGAACGAUCAUCCUGAUUUGCUCUGGGCUCUUUGCGGCGCUGGCAACGGCAACUUUGGUGUUGUAGUCAAGCUGCAACUCAAGGUGUAUCCCCAGACAGGCUUCUUGGCGGGCUUUCUCGGAUUUCCCAAUGAUCAGGUUGGCGAAGUGUUGAAGAAGUUUGGUGAAUUUGAGAGGAAUUUGCCUGUCAAUUUCACUGGCGAAGCCACUCACAUGGCUCUCCCAGGCGUUGGUCCCGUAUUUGCCUGGCUGUUUGCUUGGACGUCAGAGAAUGAUGACCUGGAAGAGGGUUGGGCUUUCUUUGAGAAGAUGAAGUCUCUUGGUACGCCUGUUCUUAACACGGUGGCAGAAGUGGACGACUUUACGUUUUUCAAUGCAAUCCCCUCGCCGACUAAUGUCCAUUGGUAUCCUCGACUGAGGAUGUUCGAAUAUUUCACUCCAGGAACAGCCAGUGCGUUCGGCAGCAAUUCACCACCGGGUGCAACCUCGGCUACUGUCAUCCAUGCCGCUCAUGGUCGAGCCAUCGAGGCGAACCCGUCAGUGUGUUAUCCUCUGCGCAAGAGGCAUCGCAUAGCAGCUCCCUCGGGUGGUGUCAUCGAUACCACCGCACAGGCGGCGGAAUAUGAAGAGUAUAAGAAGUGGGCGGAUGAUUUGGUCGACUCCCUCUCAGAACAAGGCCAAAUGCUUCCAUACGGGAACCGUAACCUGGGCCCUGAAAGGGACAUGGAUUGGGUAUCAACAUAUGGCGAGGACACCCUGUCAAGGCUCAGGGAGAUCAAGCAGAAGUUCGACCCGGAAAAUGUCUUCAAAACGGGCGUUGGUGUUGGUCGUACGGUGGUCAUAAUUUUUGUCUGUGGCACUUUGUCUUCUGAAACGACUCAGUCAGCCACUUUGAAGUCCCUGAUGCCCCCAAAGAAUUACAUGCCGUCGUUCAAGGCUUUCUCUUUUGUCGAUGUGGUCGGCCAUUAUCAUGGCUGGUUCUUUACCGCCUCCAGUAUUCAAUGA